UUCAGAUUUAGUCAUCCAGUAUUCAACGGAAAAAACAGUUGUUUUAACAGUUUCAAUCUUUUUUGGAUCAUUUUAGUCAGUUUGAAAGGAACGCCGAGUUCGCACAGUUAGUUCAACAAAAAUUGGAUGCAUACAAAGCGGACGAUCCUCAAAUGGGCGAGGGUCCACAAAAAGAAAGAAGUCAAUUGAUUUUACUUGACCGGGGAUUCGAUCCUAUCUCACCUAUUUUACAUGAACUCACUUUCCAAGCCAUGGCUUACGACUUACUGGCAAUUGAAAAUGACGUUUACCGUUACAUCAACACAUCAGGUCCUGAGGAACGUGUUAAAGAAAUUAUCUUGGAUGAAACUGAUGAGCUUUGGUGUGAACUUCGUCAUCAACACAUAGCAGUCGUUUCACAACAGGUUACUAGCAAAUUGAAAAAGUUCGCUGAAGAUAAACGUAUGGUUAACGCAGGCGAUAAAACUACAAUGCGUGAUUUAAGUCAAAUGUUAAAAAAAAUGCCUCAAUAUCAAAAAGAGUUAUCCAUGUAUUCAACACAUUUUCAUUUAGCUGAGGAUUGUAUGCAAACUUAUCAAAAUCAUGCUAAUAAACUAUGUAAAGUCGAACAAGAUUUAGCCAUGGGUACUGAUGCAGAAGGUGAACGAGUCAAAGAUCAUAUGCGUACAAUGGUUCCUAUUUUAAUUGAUCAGUCAGUUUCAGCAUAUGAUAAACUUCGUGUGAUUCUUUUGUAUGUUAUACAACGGGGCGGUAUAAAUGAAGAAAAUUUAGCUAAAUUAGUUCAACAUGCUCAAAUCCCCUCAUCACAGGCGUGUAUUGUGCGUAAUUUGAUGCAUUUAGGAGUUCCUGCUAUCCAGGAUGCUUCAGGAGCUGGUAUAGGGAGGCGUAAACUUCCUCAGCCUUAUUUGCCUGCUAAUCGACGUCAACGGGAGGAUGGUCCACGAUAUCAAAUGUCUCGAUGGACACCUUAUAUCAAAGAUCUUAUGGAGGAUGCUGCUGAAGAUAAAUUGGAUCCGAAAUUAUUUCAGUACUUUGGUGGUGGCCCUGUUCGUGGUCCUGGAACGCGUACAGGAAAUGCACCAAUGUCUGCAAGAUAUGGAAUGUGGCAUCGGGAUAAAAGUCAACAACCACGUUCUGGACCUAGAUUAAUAUUCUUUGUAAUCGGUGGAAUAUCCUAUUCAGAAAUCCGUUGUGCAUAUGAAUUAAUGAAUACUGCGCUAGGUAAACAAUGGGAUAUUAUCGUUGGUGGUACCCAUAUACUCGUGCCGGAAGCAUUCUUAAAGGACUUGGAGAAACUGUCUUAUCCACCAGGGACAGCGCCUCCAUCGGUUAGCAGUGGGACAUCAGUUAUUGUAGGUGCUGGUGGGGAACCAGUGUGAAAUCAGUAUACCCCAUGAAUGAUUUAUAUUUCAAUAUGUAAUUCACAAGAGAUUGCAAGAGAUUUCCUUAUGAUUUCCACUGAAUAACAACUUUAUUUACUUAUAUUGAUUUAUCUUUCGUCGCACAAUUCUUCGUUAGUAAAUAUCAUUUCAUUGAUGCUGAUGAUAUAAUUGUUACUAUUAAUAUUACUAUUAUUGCCAACAAGAACUUCAUUUGUGUUUAGCACUUCACCUAAUCACUCAC